AUGGUUGGCGAGAAACUGGAACUGCAAUGGAAAUACAAUGUAAAAGUAUCGGAACGAAAUCAAUGGAGGAUUAGCUUGUAUGUAUUCAAUAACACUGACAACGCGAAAAACACACUGUUAGCAUUGGAUCAGUUUGGGAAGAUUAAAGUUCGGCAGUCGUUACCUCUCGUGUAUCAACGGAUUGAUCUGAAACUUUCCCACAACAUAGCUAGAAUUUCUAUACCUACAACUACCUUCGACGAUACUGCAGGGUAUGGGAUUAACUUCGAUAAACCAAGUACAGGAAAGAAUUCCCUUCAAAAGGUCACUGAUGUCAUUAUUGUUGGUAAGUAAAAACAAACAGUCAACUUUAUUGUCGAUAAUAUAACGGGCACUGAAAAAAACAUUACGUCAAAGUUGGAUUUCAAAUUGAAUAUGCAUAUUUUUAAUCGCUUCUGAAAACUAAAAACUCGUGUAUAUAAUUAUAGGAAUAGCAUUUUUCUUGCAUAGAAAAUUAUAUAAAGAUAUAUAGAUAUAUUGAUGGCAUGCAAUAACUGUACAGCUAUAAUUCUUAUUUGAUAGUGGAAAUCUAAAAAUUAUAAUCAAUAUUUGUUAACGAAUGCGGGCAAAGCCAAUAUCAGUUAUCAGUCCGCAUCAUUAUAAAUAAAUUAAUUCCCUAUAUACACCAAUUUGCGCUACGUCAUUAAAAUGCGUGCUCAAAUUUCGCUCGUGCAUUAAAUGUUCGCAAAGUACUGUAUUGUACUAUGUUUCAAUAUUGCAGCAAGCUGGAAUAUUAAAUGCAAUAAAUUUCCAUUUACGCUAUAACGAACUUGGUUUAUUUCGUCAAAGUGGGGCGUGGGGUCGAAUUUAAAAAUCGGUCAAUCUUACAUGCGGAACAAAAUUUUGAAGUUUCCGGCACAAUGUUUGCUUAAUUUAGAUCAUUUCGGUCAUGAACAAAGGUGGGUCAAAGCGUACGACAUAUCGCAAUCCAUAAGGCGAUGUUUAUGGUUUUGUAUAUUUUAUAGUAAUGGUGCAGAAUUUCAGAGCACUCUUUUAUCGUUCAUUUCUAUCCGAAUAGAAAACAGUUAUUCAGAAGGCGAAGACGGAAUGAGGAAAUUUCACGACGAAAUCUUCACUUAAACGUAAAUUUCAUUUAUAAUGUUGGAAAGUGGGAUGACGGUUUAUCAUAAUUUUGUUUGAUAAACAUGCAGAUGUUUUCCGUGCAACUACUUUAAAUUUGAGAUAAAACAGUUUUUUUCUUAUACAGGACUCAGUCAUAAUUUUAAGAUUAUUUGAACACAAGCACAAACACAAGGCCAGUAUAGAUAUUUAAAUAUAUAGAGCAUUUAGUUGACUUUAUUAUACCUACGGAAACAAAAUUAUAUUGAAACGUAGCCUACAACAGUUUCAAUCUAAAUGCAUAUCGCAUGCAGUAUUUAACAAGUGUCGCUUAUAUUUAUUUCUUCAUGAAUAAUUGACUCGCAAUUAAAGCGUGAUUGUUCUCUGAAAAAUACAAAGAUUCUGUCUAUGAUCAUGUGAAAUAUUUAGAGAGAAUGUACGUUUUAGCUAAGAAUUUGUAGCUAGUAUUCAAUAAUUAUACUAAUACAGAUUUUGCUAAAAACUGAAAACAUUCAAGUGUAUAGAAUGCCAAAACUAAUUACACAAAUAUAUAUUCACUUUCCAGCCUUUUCGGCAGUUAAAUAAAAUAUGAAGGCCGGAGUACUCACUUUAUACGAUUAUAGGCUAUAUGUAUAUGCAUAUGUAGAAGGAGAUGAUAGAUAAAGUAGUAUGGCUAAACAGUGACUACACGCAAAAAUUUCACUGUUAUUUAUUCUAGAAAAAUAUACUAAUUCAAGUGAUAAACAGAUGUUCAUAUAAUAUAUACGUAAAUCUGAUAUAAUAACAGACGUGAGUACUUAUAUUAAAACUAAGACGUUUCAUCGAUUAUUUAUAAUUUCGGUGACCAAAAUCCUCACAAGAAAUUGAAAUCAAUAAAGCUAAACUCGACCGCUUAGUUAUUGCCUAAGUUGGAAAAAUAGCCACAGGCGUCCAAUAUUGUAUUUCGAGAGUAUGUUAUGAGUGACUGCAUGAAAAUAUUGAUAACAUAAAAAACAUAUACAAAUGAUGAAUGUCCUGUGGGACAUCGCAUACAUUAGUUUUCCGCGUUUGAUGCCGCUAUAAGAAAUGCCUAUUAGUCUUACUACUACGAAAUAUAGUUAAAUUCUUGAGAUUUGAACAUAAACAAUUUAUCGUGGAGCUAUAACCUUUAAACUUAGUCUAUUUAAUGCGUUGAUAAGGGCGUCGUGAAGCGACGAGAGAAAAUAUUUGUUCGUUUGAUUUUUCAAUGAUUCUUAAAGCUCUACCACAAUUGAUAACUUUAUCAAUUUGUUCCAUGCUUGCACGAAUAUUUUUGAGAGUGCGAUAUUUUUCAUUUUCUUAAUACUUCAACUUCAAAGUUAACUUCAAAAUCUCUGCAACAACGUUAAAAUCACUGCCGCGCCAUGUUUACUCGGGUGAAUCUUGAUGUGUGACACGUUCAACAUAUAUAGCUUCAACAUAAGUAUACAAUAAGCAAUAUCCCAACCUUGUUCCAGAGAGUGAGUAACAUGGAAUCUGAUUGUUUUUUUAGUUCUUACGAAAAUGCUCGCUUGCCAUAAAGUGUUAUCCAUAUGUCUUCAUGUAACCCUUCAAAUUUACAGUCAUACAUGAUAGCAGAAUAUAGGGCGUAUCAUAUACAGUAAGCGAGGGAAUGUGGAAUGUGAAUUAGUAUUAAUUAUAGGGUGCUUUUUAAAAAUGAUUGAAAAGGCCUAGUAACAAAUUUCAGAGAGUUUUAAAAUAAAUUGUUGAUUACAUGAAUUCUGUUGAAACCCUACAGUAUGGGCACUUUGGGACCUUACAAAUGCAUCCGUUUAAAGGAGGAGUCUGCAUGCAUGCUUGCUUCCUUGCUUGCUUGCUUGCUACAAGAAUAAUAUCAGUGUUUUAUCGCUACAUUUAAGCCACAGGUUUGUCUUCGUUAAAGAGUUGUUACAUUAGGUAAAUGCGCAUGCAUAAAUACCGAUGCAUACCAGAGACAUAAAAAUGCACUCGUCAACCGGAAUCGGUGCAAAUUUGAUGGUGCUUGAAUUGAAAAACUCGCACGUGCAUGGACUGUAUAUUUUUUGAGUUGCGUUCAAAACAGUAGUAAAACACUGAAAAUUAUCACACCGAUCAAAUUGUGUUUCAGAAAUCACUCUGUAACGUCGAUGCAAGACAAAAUUUAAAGUGCAAUACUGGAAUACUCAUUUAUUCUGCCGAUAUUUGCAAUAAAUAUCGGCAGAAUAUUUGCAAAAUAUUCAACAAAAUAAAAGAAUAUUUGCAAAAUAUUCAACUUUUAUGAAGCGAUUUUGCAUCCAACCUUCUUAGUUGAGUUCUUCUUACUUCCAGAUAUGUUCCUUGACGAGGCCGAUUCUUCAACUGUCUUACGAAGCUGGAUUGGCCAAUCUGUAGAUUUUGUUUGCACAAUCAUUUUGAAAGUUGGCGCGGAUUCUCCUUCGUUCAAAUGGAAGAACGUUGAUAAAAACAUUACGUUUUCUAAUGAUAAGACUUCUGGAACAAGGACGAAAAGUGUGCUCACUAUAAUCCCGAAGAGCGAAAGUGAUUUUGGAACCUACAAAUGUUAUGCUAGGACUUCUCACGCCAAAAUUAAACACAAUAUGACAUUAAUAAAAGUUGGUAAGUUAGCUUAA